AUGGAUACAAUUAGAUCAUUAAACAAAAAAUACUUAUUAAUUCCUAAAGUAUUAUUCUUCUCAAUUGCAAUGUUGUUUUAUACGUUACACACUUUUAAAAGUGUGUUUGCAAAAGAUAAAUUUGGGGUGUCUGAGAGUGCUGUAGGAACAGGAUUUGGUGUUUUAAUGUUUAUUACAUUCUUCACGAAUAUCUACAUAGGAUCUUUAAAUGAUAAAUGGGGUGCAAGUAAAUGGUUUUUAAUAGUGUUUCUGUGUUUGAGUGCUUUUUUCUUUCAGUUAUUCUUUUUUACUGAAUACGUUGAAAAUAUUAUACCAGGUGUAUUUUGGUUUAAUAUGUUAUUUUAUCUUGGAGCUAAUUUGUGUACUACACCGUUAAUGGAUAAAGUUAUAUUGGAAUAUUUAAGUAAAAUUCCUAACAUAGGGGCAAAGACUUAUGGUACACAGAGAUUAUGGGGGACUGUAGGAUACGCAGUGUGUAAUUAUGUGGUAGAAUUUAUAGUAACGGAUAGCAAAAAUGAAGCGACACAGUGGACUAAUUUAAGGAUUUACAAUCUACUAGUAGCACUUGCCACUGUAGGCAUGUGUUUUUAUUUUAUAAACUGGGAUACCUCUAGGCGUGAAACAGGUAGACAAGACAUGUGGAAGAGUUUUAAAGAAUUAAUUACUAAUUGGGACUACAUGUUCUUUAUUUUUAUCAUUUUAUUAAAUGGACUUACUAGAGCGUCUAUGACUAUAUUUCUUACAAUAUACUGGAAAGAUGUAAUUAAAAUGAAACCUUUCGAUUUAUCGGGAUUUCCUGGUGUAAUAUCGGGUCCACUUAGUAUUUUUAAUAAUAACACUACUAGUACUGCCAAUUUAUUUGGUAUAUUAUUUGAAAUUGUGACAUUUUUUACAGCGCAGACUAUUAUAGAACAUUUAGGAUAUUUCUGGCCUUUGUUCUUGGCACAGGGUGCUCAAAUGCUAAGAUUUGUAUUUUACUGGAUGCUACCGUAUGAUAGUGAUUAUUCUUAUGCAGCGGUAUGUGGUAUUGAACUUUUUAAAGGAUUAAACUUUGGACUUACACAUUGCUCUGCGGUACAAUUGGCCCAGAGAUUGUGUCCACCACAUUUGAAAUCUACUUCUCAGAUGGUUUACCAAGGAACUUUUACAGGAUUGGGAUCUGUACUGGCAGGUUUAAUAUGUAGUGUGGUAUUUUCUGGGGAUACAAUGAAAAACAAAAAUCUCCCUAGAUCUAAAAGAGCUAGUGUAUUUAAUGUAUUUUUUAUCGUAAAUAUGUUAUUUACAGCACUAACUCUUGGUCUUUUCUUUUACAUGUACGGAAUUGUCGAGAAUGUACUGUUUAACAGAGAGAAUGCAGAGAAGAAGUUAGAAAUGUACAGCGAAAAAGAACAAGAGGAGAAAAAAAAGGAACAAAAUCUAAAUAAGAACUUAAUAGAAAAUAAAUGA